AUGCCCACGGGGGCCGGCAAGAGCGUGCUGUUCAUGCUGCCGGCAUGGGCUGAGCCCGGUGGGACGAGCGUAGUGGUGGUGCCGCUGAAGGGCUUGCGGGAGGACAUGCUGCGGCGGUGCGAGGCGCUCGGCAUCACGUGCGCGGUGUGGAAUGAGCGGCGGCAGCCGGACGCGGCGAGCAUCGUGCUGGUUACGCCCGAGGCUGCGCUGGAUUCGCAGGGGUCGUUUCCGACGUAUCUGCAGCGUAUCCAGGCGACGCGGCAGCUCGACCGUAUCGUCAUCGACGAGUGCCAUGUGCUGCUGAACGACCAGCUCGACUUCCGGAAGCGACUACAGCAGCUCGGGAAGCUCGUAGCUACGCAGACGCAGAUAGUGGCGGGGUGCGAGUGA